AUGUUGAUCAAGUAUUUUAAACUGAUUGCUCGAACCAACAGGGUGCGGACGUUGACGGGCAAGGAGAUUGAGCUCGAUAUCGAGAAUGAAUACAAAGCGCGUCACCUCCUUUACUCCGAACAUCUCUUUCCCAGAAUGCCCGAGAAGAGAGCGACAGUCUCGCAGAUCAAGGAAAAGGUUGAGGAGAAGGAGGGCAUCCCGCCCGUUCAGCAGAGAUUGAUUUACGGCGGCAAACAGAUGUAA